ACAAUCAUUGGUUCUUAGGUAGAUCUCCCCUGGCAAGAAAAAACGCCAGCUUUAGUUUAAUCACAUUAGACCCAUAAAACAAAAAAGAAAAAGAAAAACAUUUUGGUAAUAAGAUGAGGCUAAUAUGGGAAAAAAUUCAUGACGUAGUCCCCACAUUUCUUCACACCACAAUUCUUGCUCUUUUUAUUUCAUCCUUCCUUUCCAGAGCAGCAGCAGCAGUGAUGGCUAUGCUACACAGAAUAAUUAUUUCUGUGAGUGUGAUUGUUUUGUGUUGGACGACGGCGUCGGGCUCCAUUCAUGAGCUGCUGAGAAGCAGAGGGUUGCCGGCGGGGCUAUUUCCGAAGAACGGCGUGAAAUCUUAUGAACUGAGUGAAGAUGGGUUGCUGCAGGUGUUCCUGGAGAGCCCCUGCGUGGCCAAACUGGAGACGAGGAUAUCGUUCGAGAGCGUGGUGAGAGCGAAUCUUAGCUACGGCGGGUUGAUGGGAGUCGAGGGAUUGUCUCAAGAAGAGCUCUUUCUCUGGCUGCCUGUCAAGGAUAUCAUCGUCUACGAUCCUUCCUCCGGCCUCAUCUUGUUCGAUAUCGGCCUCGCUCACAAACAGAUGUCUCUCUCUCUCUUUGAAGAUCCUCCUCUUUGCUAUCCUCGAUUUGGGUUGCUGGACCGCCACUCUGGGUUUCGAGCCCAGAGAUGAAUGUCUCAUUUCUUUCCCCCCUGUUUUGGCGUUGUUCGAAUUGAAGACUGCGUUUUCUAAUAUACGUACGUCUUUGUAGAAUUGUAAAAACAUGGAUGAUGCUAACUGCACAUUUUUUUGAGUUGAAUGAAAAGAUUCUGGCUCUGAUUUUCAUCUA